AUGUCAUCCUUCUUCAUAGUCUCGCUCUUCUCUUUAUUCCUUGCGGUUCAAGCUCUGGUUAUAGAGACAAAGUCGUGUUUCUCUCCUGAUGUCUUUGCGAUUGCGCAACAGGUGUCGAGCCCUCACUACUUCUGUACUUGGUAUCUCAGCGAUGGCAGGACCAAUUCUCCGAUACCCAACAUCGACGCCACUGCGUUGUUGAGUGCCUGCAAAUGUAUCGCUAGUGCAGAACCGGUAGGCACCAAGGCAAAGACUCUGGAUGCGAUAGCCAAGGCAGCAAGCCUUCACAGCUAUGUCAGCGCAACGUGCCAAAGCACAUCUGGCAGUCCGAUCAGUAGAGAGUUUAUGAAUCCUCCAUUGUUUUGCACUUUCUUCAACUCCUAUGAACGACACGACUCACCUAUCCCCAGUUUGAAUGUGCCCGCAGUAAGACAUGCCUGCAAAUGUGUCCUGAGUGGCCCCAAAUCGUCGAGCAAGACGUCAAGCACUAUCAAGUCUCCGUCGUCAUCAACUAAGCAGACGACUUCGCACAGAUCCUCGUCUCCUUCCACUAAGGAGUCAAGCUCGAGGACCUCAUCGGCUGUCACCCGUGAAUCGAGCAGCAAGCCCACCGUCCACAAGACAAUCUCUAGCAAGCCGUCUUCGAGCAGAGUCUCAUCGAGGACUCAGACCUCUUCAAGCAAGAUCUCAACUAGAUCUGUUACUAUCAAAACUUCGUCUAGCAAGUCUUUUUCGAGCAAGCUACCUUCGACCAAAAUUCCAUCCGAAUCAACAUCCAGAAAAUCAAGCAUCAGCAAUCUGUCUAGCCAGUCAUCUUCCCUCAAGCAAGAUCUCCUCAUCCAAAUCCUCGAGCAUCAGGAGUAUCUCACCAUCAACAUUGAGUUCAAAGAAAUCCUUGAGCUCAUCAACACAUAUCCCGAAAACCUCUUCUUCUGUAGGAUCUACCUCUGGCGUAGCUCCCAGAUCCUCGACGUCUUUAUCAUUGAGUUCAUCGAGAUCAUUAUCUUCGAGCUCGUUGUGGGAGGUCCGUAUGACGGCGCCUAUCUCUCCACCAGGUACCAAGUGGUAGGGGGUCCUAUGGGUAGUUAUGACUAUGUUUUCAAUGUCAUCACUGUGGUUCCAGGCUCUUCGAUACCUGCAGUCUUUGGCAUUGACCCUACUACACAGUUUCUGGAGAUCCAUACUUACUCCAAGAUACCAUACGGGAUUUACAGCCCUGAUAGCAGUCACCAACAGAUCUGGCCACAAAGCAAAAACACAACACCAAUGCUAUGCAAGGAUGUGGAGGGAUACUUGCACUGUGAGACUGCUGAUGGAGCACUUGAUGUGUUUGCGGCAGAAGGUAGUUGGUCAUACCUCACUACUCAGUCAUGGCAAUCUACAAACAGCCCUGAAUACGUCGCAGUCAAGUAUCAGAUUGUGUAUCAACCAAUAUCUGCAGCGACCAGUACAACAACUUCGGCGAUACAAACAACAUCUACCUCGGAUGCAUAUGAUGUGAUCACUUCACAAAAUCUUGAGGCGUAUUGCACGACCUACCUGGGUUACACCACUCCUUCCAUCACAGAGACGACGACUCUGUUCGCAAAUACGACCAAGACAGACGUCUUCAACUUGACCGUGACAUCAACGAUUGUUUCACUGAGUACAGAGACCGAUAUCGUCGGAACCAUAACUGUUACAUCGCUGACCAGCACUCCCACGGACGCGGCACCGGGCAAGAGACGUGAUAUCGACACUCCUUACGUGUUAAGAUCCUAUGCCGAGAGUGCUAUCAAUUCGGGAUGUAGCAGAGCGGCAACCCAGCCCGCACCAACAACUUUCUUCGAGACCGUCACAGUCGCUUCUAAUGAAAUUGUUGCUUCAACCACAACGGCGAUUGCCUAUGAAAACAUCACCUCGGUAGUCACCGAGUUGAUCACUUUCACGACAACCACAAUCCUAUCAUCCUCGACAUCGAGUAGCGCGACUUGCACACCAACCCCAAUUGUUGAUGCCGAGCAACAAGCGAAGGACUUGGCCGCUCUCAAUUUCCUCUUCACGCACAACAACUUGACCAGCAUGCUCUCCAGUUUCCCAAUAUCCGUUCUUGGUGGAUUUCAGAACAUUACCGGCGACGUUCUCCCUCCGAUCCGGACCGCGCUGCAGAACUGGGUGCCCUGCACGGCCACCUCAUACAACAUUUCAACGCAGCUUCUUGCUUGCAAGGAUGAGACAUAUGUCACUGCAUUCGCGGCCUGCAUCAUAUUCCGCACCGAUCCAUACUCGUUGAAGUGGGCGGGGACCACAUCCUACACCGUCCCCGUACCUGUUUCGGCACUCACAAAGACAUGGAGAGACUAUGAAAACACCGUCGUGGGCAAAGAUGGCGUUGCAAUCUCUCCAAACAUGAGUUUGAUCGAAGUGAUUGAUCAUGCAACAAACGGAGGCCACUACGCAUCGAAUAGUUUCAAAAAUCUGCAGUAUUACUUCAAAGAGGGUAACAUACUUACGACUGGAUUGGUCUAG